GUUAUUUAUUUUAUUUUUAAGUUUUGUGAUUGACGUUUACACCAAAUUCAAACAAAUAAUGCGGAUAAGUGUAAAAUAAACCGAAAGUUGAUUUUAUAAUAAUCAUAAAGAAUCGGUAGAUAUGCUAAGGAUAAUUUAUCAUACGUAUAACGAAGAAGCAGCUCGAUGGACAGCUUUAAUAAUUUUUUUAACCACAACGUUUGUAUCGAUUACUUUUAGUUUCCUCUCUGGAGUGUUCCUAUUAAUUUGCUAUGUCAGUGGAUACAUAAUCUGUUGGGUUUUUCUUAAAAACCAAUCUAAUAUUUUCUCUUUUAUGAAACAGUUCAGCAGUCUUUAUAAAGCUGUUCCACAAGAAAAUAUAACUAUAAAAGCAUGUAGUGUGUGUAGCAAUGAUUCAUGUAAACGACACCAUCAUCGCUCAAAUCCCUUAACAAAUUUAUAUCCUUCUGCAGAAUUAAAUACAGCAAUAGAAGAAUUUUAUAACAAAAUACUAGAUGUUUAUGUUUUGUCAUGGUACAAAACAUUUUCCAAUGAUAUAUCAUUCCCAAAUGAAUUAAGAGUUUGUUUGAGGCAUACAACAGCCACCUUUUUAACAAAAUUGCUGGAAUUUGAUGUAACAAAAGUAUUAACUACCAAGCUUAUUCCUUGUGCCAUUAAGCAUGUAGAUGACUAUAUGAGUAUUGAGCAAAUUGCAAAAAUAAGGAAUUCCCAAAUUAAUGAGAUUGCAGUUGACUACUUUGGUAAAAAGUUGCAUAUAGCUGCCACUAAUAGACAAAACGAAUUAAAUUAUGUAAGAAGUUUAACUUCAUGGUUAUUACCACACCUAGUACAUGAAGAUUGUUUAAAUUGCAAGAAUUUUUCCGUUAUGAUAAGAGAAAUAGUUUCCGUUUGGGUUUUAUUGCCGCUCAUGGAUUUUUUAGCAAAUCCACACAUGAUAAAUUUAUUGAUAAUAUUAGCAUGUACGCAUAAAAAUAAGUGGCCAACUAUUCAAUCUUCAGAAAAAGUGGAAUUUUUGUACAAUUUUAAAAGAAAGUACACCUCCAAUUCAUCCUUUACUUGUAGUCUGAAAGAUGUAUUAAAAUCAACAGAACUACUUUAUGUUUUUAUGCAAUUUUUGAAAAAGGAAAAUGCAGUACAUUUUUUACAAUUUUGCUUGGAUAUUGAGGAAUUUAAUGAUAAAUUACUAAAUCCUGAUUUGACAAAGAAGGAAUUAGAAUCUAUUCAUGAAAGUGCUCAAAAUUUGUAUAAAAUGUAUUUUGAUUCUGAAAGUUUCGAAUAUAUAGGAUGUUCACAACAAAUUGCUACUGAAUUUAAACACUUGCUUCAGAAAGGAAUUUACAAUAUAGUUAAAUUAAGAACAUCUGAACCUUUAUACCAAGCUUAUGAUUAUGCCUAUUCACAUUUAGAAUGUGAAUGGUUACCCUUGUUCUUUCACAGCAAUGAGUUUUACAACCAUAUUUGUGGAUCUAAAUUAACUCCAACGUUUUCCAAAGCGUCUGUAAUAAGAAGCCAACGAAGUUAUGAUUCAAUAAGUAAAGGACCAUCAAAAAUUAGUACAGGUAUUGGAAAAAUAAAAGUUGCUUUAAAACCUCAUCAAACGAUUGAAGGUGCUUUAUAUCCACAAGAGCAUCACUUAUUUGGUGAAAAAACAGCUGCUUACGUCGAAGAUGUGCUCUUGUCUGAUCAUUCGUCAGGUGCCUUCAGGGAUUUAAAUUCGUGGAAAGUAUCGAUAACGACUGUGGAUAUGCAACAAAUAAGCAGUUCAAAACAAAUCCACUUUUUUAAUAUUAACGUUCAUUGUAUUAGUAAAGCAUCAGAAAACGAAAUUCAACAGUGGACGGUUCGUAGGAAAGAUGAAGAUUUUUACAACUUGAAAUCAAAAUUAGUCGAAUUCCAUGGAGAAAACGAAAUUUGUAAUUCUCCGUUACCAACAAGAAGAUUCGCUGUACCUGUUGAAACCAGAAAGCAUAAAUAUGAAAUAUUCUUGAAAUCAUUACUGCAAAGGCCAAAUCUAAGGGGCAGUGAUUUACUAUUCACUUUUUUAACAACAGAACAAGAUUUUACAUUGUUCUUGAAUACAACAUCUAACUUUCCCUUAGUUGAUGACAUAGGAAAUAUAUAUCAGACAUUUGCAUUUAAAAUAAGGAAAGAAAGGGGGCAACAUUUGGAUACUUUUAUAAAUACGUAUUUGAAUUCUACAGGUUAUUCGAAAAGUAAAUUUGAUUGGGCUGAAGUAGGUGAUGAAGUGUAUGAUGAUGCCCAUCAGAAACUUUCGGAACCUAAACCUAUAAAAAGCUCCGUAUUUAAAAAUAACUUUAAUUUACCAGACAGAGUUUCUAAGGAGAGUUCAUGCACUUCUUCAAAUCCAAAUGGAUUGACAGAAUCACUGUUUUAUUUGUUCAAACACGUUUUUAAGGUUCCACAGAGUGUUUUAAAAUUGUAUGUGGCAUUCUGUAUUGUGUCUCAAACAACUACUGAAGCAAUUUUUGAGUCAUUUGUUGACUACAAGAUCAAACAUCUUCUAUCAGAAAGUAAUAUCGUUCAUUUAAUUCAUAUUUUAGAGGAUGUAAUAUUCGAAAACCAUCCACCACAAACCGAAGAAGAAUUGACUAUAAGAAAAAAGACUGCUUUUGAAGAAUUGGAGAAAUCUGUACCAACGCUUGCACAACUUAUAUUAGGAAAAAAUUUCCUUCCUGGACUGAGGAAUCUCUUGGACAUGUUACAAAAUCCUCUCUGCAAUAAACAGUUGAGUUACAACCUGCUGGACAUUAUUGUGGUAGAAAUGUUUCCAACUAUAGAUUCUGAUUAAUACAAUGUAUUGUAUAUAGCGUUUGUAUAUAUAUAAAAGGGUUAUAAAAUACAUUAAAUUGAGGAAAACGA